UGGUCGCUACCUGACUCACUUCUUACUUCACAAAUAUCCAUUCCAGCUCUACACACCCUCCCACCCUCUGCAGCUCUGAGGCGCUCUGUCUCCCCUCCACCAAGGCCUGCGCACCCCUCCCUCGCCCCCAGAGCAGAGCAGCGGGCCAGGGAGAGGGUAUGUAGUGGUUUUCCCACGCCCUAUAGACUCGUGCUCUCUUCUUCCUCUUAGAAGGGGUCAGCUAGUGGUCACGGUCAGAGCUCUGUGGUCUCGGAGUUGUUUUCUGCUUGAGAGGGAGACAGGGACCCUGGGGGGAGCCCUGCAUGUUCCUCACUCUUUCUGGGGCGGCAGCGAGGAGGAGUUGCUAACGCGACUGCAGCAUUCCCAGAUCCCAAGACUCCCGCUUCGGUCGCUGCGUCUCGGCUCUGGCAGCUUCUCAGGAGCUGGCAGGCGGGCACGUUGUCGGGGUUGGAGACGUCUGAGAUUGGAGCAUGCACUUCUCCACCCCCAGCCCUGAGCCGAGUGAGCGUGUGCGGAACAAUUGUGUGUGCGUGAGUGAUUCGCUUCGAGUGGCACAUCGCAGGCAGGCUGAGCACCCCCAAACCCGCGCAGCGCAAGUACCCCCUCCUUCGAUUUGGCGAGUGAUUUACUCCCGGUCUGCCUUUCGCCGCCAACUCCAGCUCGCUUAUGGUCCAAUUCUGCUUCAUGAGGUCCCAUUUCCUUACACCCGUACCGCUAGGGGUGGCCCUCGUCUUCCUCGACGGGCUCGGAGUCCCGCUAGUUUCUAAGGAGCCCAGGAUACCGACUCCGCUAGGGGUGGAGGGUGGGGAGAGAAGACUGUGACUUUGGGAUUGGCCCGGUCGAAUGCAUGUGGCCCCCUGCGUGCAUCCCCAGCCCAGCCCCCGCCGCCGCAGCCCCGGGGAAGCGCGGAGGAGGAGCUGCUCCCCGACGUCUUGGCCCAAGUGGGGGGGGGGGUCAGGGGUGGUCUCCGCCGCCCCGUCAGUUUUUGCCCUGACUGCCUGCCCGCUUUCAGGGCAGCUAUUGCCAUGGAGACCCCUGAGGCUAUAAAGCCAGGUACCCAGCCGGGCUGCCGCUCCCUUGCCGCCGAGCCCCCCAAGUAUGGAGCAAGCGCCCUGGUGUGGCCCGGCCCCCGCUAGAGGGGAGGAGGCGGAGAAGCGGCGCCAGCAGAUUGAGGAGCGGCGCGCCCCGCCAGGGCUGGAGGCAGCCGCGCACGGCUGGCGCCACCGUCUCAGCAGGGGAGCGGGGCUGCCCCGGGUGCCGGUGAGUGGCGCGGCUUCCAGCUACGAGGGACUGAGGGGCACUGGACAAAGGGAAAGCAGCGGAAGAGUCAGGAGGGUCCGGAGCUUCGGCUCCCGUCGUCUUGUGGCGGGUCAGGCGCGGAGCCCGGAGUAGCGCGCAAUCUACACCUCCAGGCGGGAAGCUCGGGGAAGGAGCAGUGAGACGCCAGGCGUGCUGCCCAGGAACGGCGAGGCAGCUGGAGGACAGAGCGGGAAGCUCAGGACCUUCGGCCGCCACCGCCCACGCGCGGAGGGAGCCAAACGCUAGCGCCUCGGAGGCGGAGCCCGGAGGGGCGCAGGAACAGGGGCGCCCCCGUGCGGAGCUGCCGGGCCGCCUGGGCGCGGCGGCCGAGGCCAUGCUCAAGCCCAAGGACCUGUGCCCCCGAGCGGGAACGCGUACCUUCCUGGAGGCCAUGCAGGCAGGCAAAGUGCACCUAGCUCGCUUUGUGCUGGAUGCGCUGGACCGCAGCAUCAUCGACUGCCGUGCGGAGCAGGGCCGCACGCCGCUCAUGGUGGCGGUGGGCUUGCCAGACCCCGCGCUGCGCGCGCGCUUUGUGCGACUACUUCUGGAGCAGGGUGCGGCCGUGAACCUGCGGGACGAGCGCGGCCGCACGGCGCUCAGCCUGGCGUGCGAGCGCGGCCACCUGGACGCCGUGCAACUGCUGGUGCAGUUCAGCGGCGACCCCGAGGCGGCUGACUCCGCGGGCAACAGCCCGGUGAUGUGGGCGGCAGCGUGCGGCCACGGGGCGGUGCUCGAGUUCCUGGUGCGCUCUUUCCGCCGCCUCGGCCUACGCCUGGACCGCACCAACCGGGCGGGCCUCACGGCGCUGCAGCUGGCCGCCGCCCGCGGUCAUGGGACCUGUGUGCAGGCCCUCACCGGGCCCUGGGGCCGCGCGGCCGCCGCCGCUGCAGCCCGGGGCUCCAACUCCGACAGCCCCCCUGGCCGUCCGGCUCCCGCGCCCAGCCCUGAGCGCCGACGACCCAGCCCCCGCCGCCUACCGCGGCCUCUCCUGGCGCGCUUUGCGCGAGCGGCGGGCGGCCACGGCCAUGGCCACGGCGGUGAGGCUGGCUCAGGGGGAAAGGGCUUCGGCCGGCACCGGGCACAGGGCAGCGAGCGGCCGGAGCUAGGCCGGAGCAUGAGCCUGGCGUUGGGUGCCGUGACCGAGGAGGAGGCAGCUCGACUGCGGGCGGGAGCCCUGAUGGCCCGACCACACUCGCCCCAGUCUUCGGGGGCUGGGCGGUGGCGUUCGCAGGAGGUGCUGGAGGGAGCGCCCCCAGCCUUAGUGCAAGCCCCCAUCGGCCUUAGCCCCCACCCGGAGGGCGGCCCCGGCUCUGGCCGCUUGGGUUUGCGCCGACGCUCCACAGCACCAGACAUCCCCAGCUUGGUCGGAGAGGCACCUGGGCCCGAGGGCAGCUCGGAAUUAGAGCCCAACUCUCUGCCCCAGUCAGAGCCUGGGCCUCAGACCUGGCAGGCAGGCACAGAGGCCGUGGUGCUGCACGCUCAGCGGUAAACAGCCUUGAGGCCCAAACGCGCUCCCCUCACCUUCCCGUCUCUGCUCCACUGGGAUUUCUUUUUUCCAGGUCUCUUACUUUCGGGGCAGUUUCCCACCCCCUGAUCCUAGAACCUGUCCUCCAACCAAGGCGAGACCACCAUCUGCUCUCUCUCUCAAAGGGACCCCCAUCUUAUUUCCUUUUUGUGCUUAUUGGUAUUCCCUGACCAAGUCUCUCACCUUCUUUAAAGGCCGGCCCUUCAUGUCAUGGAAGCAGGGAAUAGAAGACUGGUUCCAUCCGCUACAGCCUCCCAAGCCGGGCCUACUUCCCUCAGCCCUAAUGCUCCGACCUGAGUGCUUCCGGUUUGGGAAGGGGAGUUUCCUUCCCCUUGCCCUUGCCAGGUUUUUCUACACCUUUGUCAGCCAGGCGGGCAGGAGAGUUGACCUGUAGAACAAAGGCCUAGCCUCUCCCAGCCCACCCUCCACCCCAGUGAUGCUGACUAUAGUACCCACAGGACUUAAGUCUCCCUUCCCCUUAGGUAUUGGAGAAGGGGAGCCAGGAGACAGGCCCCGGAGCCUCUCUCCACAGAAGAGAAAGAAUCUGGAGGUUAGAUUUUUUUUCUGGGGAAAAACUGCCUCAAGACCUUAAAGAACAUUUUUGGGGUGGUAGGAAGGUCAGUUGUCCCUUGAACCAGCUUCUGGGUAAUUCCAGCUUACUCUGCCUCAGCCCAAGGCAGACCCUAGAUUCAACUUCAUUGACCAUGUGGGGUCAUUGCCUCCUGCCAACCAUUAUCCAGCCCAGCGCAGCUCUGGGCUCUAGAGCCUAUUUCCUCUCACUCUCUGAAGCCUGAAAUGGAAAAGAUUUAGCACUUCCCCCGCCCCCACCCCCUCCCAGCUCCCCCGUCCUGCACGUGGGUGCUCCCGCAGGGUAGAAUGGUUGCAAGGGCUUUAAUUGUAUUUCUUCCAAUCCUCAAAGAACUUGUGUUUUGAGUCUUUGUAUAUGAAGCAGAAAGCAGCGGGUCUGAUCCGAGGCUUAAGAACCUGACAACGUCUCUUUAAAUAGAAGCUCCGCGAGGGGGAUAAUUGACUGAAGUGUUUGCCACGUUAAACGGGCGGCGCGCGGGAGUCUGAAGCCCACACGAGCCGCAGGUCCGAGUUUAAAUUACAUCAAACUCCGGCGGUUGCUGGAAGGGGGCUGUUAAACGGUUCCUGCUUCUCGCUGAGCCGUUAAUGGAGGGCAGGGCGGAUGAUGGAUGCUAGAGGUCGAAACCAAGGACCCCUGCCUUUGCCCAACGCGUGGGACGCUGGCCCGGCCCUGCUUCAGUACUGGGCAGAUUAGUGAGUCAGAGGCCACCGCGGAGAGAUGGUUAACGGCCUUUUUCGGGCCUGGUAUUUUGUCCCCUCUGUCUUCGCCCCCGACUCCUCUUUGUGUCCGCCUAGCGAGAAGGGUCGAGGGCGGGUGGGGGGGAGGUGGGGCGGUGUCUAGCGAAUCGCGUGCCCCAGAACCCUGUGGCAGUGCCUGCACGUGUAUCUAUGCGCCCGUAUAUACAGCCUGCCCGGUGGCGGCUCGAGGGGAAGUUUCGUUUUUGUUUUUAAUGAACCCCGAAGGUUGAUCGUGCAGCCCCUCACCUGCCUGCAAUGGGGUCUUUUUAAAACGUCGGUCUAUUCGUCUUCGCAAAACGGAAGUUUCUCACCAGUAACUCCAAGGGAACUACCCAGAGCAAGAAUGAUCUAUGAUGAGAAAUUAGGCCUGGGGUGAGGAUUGGGUGAUCAGGGGCGGGCCUUGUGUAGGUGUCAGAUACGUUGUCUAUGCUUCUAACCCCCUCCAGAGGCCACAAGGGCGCGAGGGCCCGGACAGUGGACGUGAUCUCUGGUGCCCUCUGGUGGCAACGGUGCGCUUUCCUCGCUGCACUCUGGCACGGAGUCUGACUUCUGGGGUUUUUUGGAAUCACCGCCAUGUACUUCUCCCUACGUGUGUAUUUACCCAUGGAAUUCACUUCUUCUUGUAGUAUAUUAAAUCCGGAUACUUGAAGUCAUUUCACAGCAGUGAAGUGAGAGACAAUGAACAAAAAACUCGCAUUUGGAGUAGCAGGAGCCCAGACCCUUCACUUAGGACUCCCAAGAUCUUCCCAGUUAAGGCUCGGUUUGGAGAGCUCCUGAUGUCUUCUGAGAAACUGGAGCUUCCAACCCAUCCCUUAUGACUUCUGAACCUUGGAACCUACUGAUUAUGCACUGUUUUCUUCUGAUAAGAUUUGCUUUGUUUCUGGGGUGCUCUGCCCUUUCCCUACUCUUUUCUGCCCAGAUAUCUGCCUCUUCUCUGUCCCACUGUCUGGGUGGUGGUGGGAUGAUACUGAAGCACCUGAAAAGCCAGAGGAGAGGAUCUGGGGUGGGGUGGAGGAUAAUUGGACACCCCAAGAGCAAACUCCUUUUUUCUGAUCUUUGCUUGCUCACUUAUCCUUAUCCAACUGUUUGAUUUUCAUGAAGUUUUUAAUGGUGUAAGAAUAUGAAUGUUUUGGCUUCAAAAUACCACGAGGUCUUGGUUGCAGUUAUGUUGAAGGUGCUGUCAGUCAUGUUUCACGUGUCACUAACACAGGUCUUUGAACUCACCUUGGGCCUUUUUUAUUGGGUAAAGAACCACGAAGUCUCCUCUCUGUGGAGUCGCCAAGGGUUUGGUGGUUGAAAGUGAUAUUUCUAAAAAACCACAGCAGAUCUUUCCUGUCUGAACUGAAUUGUGUGUUUGACUUGCCUUGCUGUUCUUGCAGAUUUCUUACCAGGUCCAGCUCUGUUCAGAAGUUAAAACAUUUCACCACAUUUCACUCAGCUGAACUUCCUCUCAUUGUCAGCCCUGGAGCACUGAGGCUGAGGGGCCUCUCAAGCUCGCUCCAUUUUAGCAGAGACUUUUCUGAAUAUUUUGCUUUUCUAACUCUUGUUGCUUUCGUUGUUGUGAAGACACCUGUGCCACUGGCACUGGUACUCUUGGUUCAAGCUCAGAACUGUUCUGUGUGUGAGGCUAAAUGACAUACGCGCACGCUUUUGGUGGAAGGACUGUUAGAACUCAAAAGAAUAGUUAAUAAAUCCAGUGUUAUUCAGUUGCAAGAACUGGCCUCUCUUUGUCUUGCUAACCACGCCUGACUCCGGGCUCCCGUUGGAGAGGUGGAAGGGUGAGCCUGCUUCCUCAGCCUCCAACACUGCCCCGCCCUCCGCUGCUGCCUCCUGCAGGUAAGACUCAGGGCUACUUCCCGCUGAGCGGGUGGGACUGGGGCCCUCGGACCUAGGCGGCUGUCUAGGUGGGCAUGCAGUGGGGAGCAGAAGAAGCUCAGCAGGACUCCCUGCUCCUGGGUAAGAAGUUUCAGUGAAUCAGGGCAGAGAAGGGGUAGGAUGAGACCUUAGGAAGGAAGUGCUGGAAUCAGUGUCAAGAGCUAGAAGGUUAAAGACCCAGGUUUCUUGGUUUCUGGUUGUACUUCUCCCGGUCUUCCUCCAUUCUGAGAACUGAAACAGAGAUUGUUUUCUCACUCCAAGCAGUUCCAGGCUACUUCCUAAUGAACAGCUUGGGGAGAGCAGCCUCUUGACUUUCCAGGGGGUGAGAAGCAAAUGGGGGAAGGGAGAUGCUGCUGAAGAAAGUGGUCAUCAGCCCUGCUGGCUCCCUCCCAGCCCCUGAGGUGCCCUGACUUUCGAGGCUGGGUUCUUCUCCCCUGAGAAGGAGGCCUGUCUGUUUCUCAGCCCUUGCUCUCCCAACGGCCUUUCACUUCCUGUUUCCCUCCUCUGCCCUCAUUUCAGGCUCACGUGUCUCUAGGGAGUUGGAUUUUCUGUGGAUCAGAGUGACCACUGGGGAGCUCACAUGGGGGGGGCACCCUGGACACCCACUACAGCAUGGCCAGUUGGAAGACAGCCUGGCUUCACUCCCAGAGACAGCAGGAAGGCCACGGGUUUUGAACACUCAGUUUAAUUUAAAACGGGCACAAGUGCAAACAAACUUCACAAAAGUUUCUACGGUAGAUGCUUUUGUUUUUAAAACUCUGACCCCUUAAAAAAAAGUCAUCACAAUUUUUGUUUGUUUGCCCCAAAGCAGACCACUAGGGAGCAGAGGAAUCUAAAAAUAUUAUCUAGACAGGGUCCAGACACCUGGAUUCUUCCCUGGGAUUCCUUGUCUCACAACAGCCCUGAAGGUAGGGGAGGGGAGGACAAGGAGACAGGUGUCAGAGGAGGCAGCUGGGGGUAGGUGGUUUGCACAGAUGGGGUACCCAUUCUGGUGACAUGAUGGAACCCCGGGAGCUGGUGCACCCCCCAGAACAGGAUUUUGAAAAGAACAGGUCCCCUGAGCACACACACAUGCACACAUACACACACACAAAAGAUCGGGUCCCUGAUGACCUGAUUAUUGAGAUGAAGCCCUCAGGUAAAACAGAGUUUGUUCCCUCACCAUUCUGGUCACAGGACAGGAGAAACUCAGAAAACUGCCAAGCUUCAACACAGACCUCUUUACUGGUCAGGUAGAAACUUGGGAUGUAAGAGGCGGGAAGCCAGGCCAAGGAAGCAGGUCCCUUCAGAACUUAGUGGGAGAGAGGAGGGAAGCCAGCUGUGGGUGACCUUCUGACACGUGUGUACACCCACACGCACGCACACACGUACACACAUCCUGUAAAGUGAGACCACCUUUACCACCAGCUGCCUUCUUCCUCUUUCACCCAGAAAAUGCCCCCCCUCAUGGCCCUGAGCAGGCAGGCUGUUCACAGUUGGGCAUGGGCUGUGCAGGGAGAAUGUUGUCAGCACAGGUGGGUUGGAAGCAGGUGCAGGUUGGACUGUGCCUUCAGAAGGUCAGACACAAGGGAGGAAGACGGACUCGGGCAAUAAACACCUUUCCUGUGGCCCUAACACCCCAGGGUCUGGAACUGGAAUUGAGAAGAGCAAGCAUCCUGGUGAAGACAGGCAGUCUGCCUCUUGGGUGACCUGGGAUGUUCACGUA